AUGGAGGCUGCCUCGGCCCGUGCUGCGGCAAGGGAUCGCUGGAACGAGCAGGGCUACCCGCGCCCGUCUCAACUACAGCGGUUCAUCUCAAGUGCCUGCAGCCCCGAGAACUACGAGCCAAACCUGGCCCUCAACCUCGAGAUUUCCGACCUGAUCAACAACAAGAAAGGCAGCGCUCCCCGCGAAGCCGCCGUCGCUAUCGUCAACUACAUCAACUCGCGCAACCCCAAUGUCGGCCUCCUCGCUCUGAACCUGCUGGACAUAUGUGUCAAGAACUGCGGAUACCCCUUCCACCUCCAGAUCAGCGCCAAAGAGUUUCUCAACGAGCUUGUCAGGCGAUUCCCCGAAAGACCACCACUUCGAUAUACCCGCGUCCAGACCAAGAUUCUCGAAGCCAUCGAAGAAUGGAGGAGCACAAUAUGCGAGACCAGCCGGUACAAGGACGACCUGGGCUUUAUCAGAGACAUGCACCGUCUGCUUAGCUACAAAGGCUACCACUUUCCCGAGGUCAGGAGGGACGAUGCUGCGGUAUUGAAUCCCAGUGAUAACCUCAAAUCCGUCGAGGAAAUGGAGGAGGAGGAACGGGAGGCCCAAUCGGCCAAGCUUCAAGAAUUGAUCCGAAGAGGUGCCCCGGAAGAUCUACAGGAGGCAAACCGACUGAUGAAGAUCAUGGCCGGUUUUGAUACGAGGACCAAGACAGAUUACCGCGCCAAGGCAGCGGAGGAGGUGGGAAAGAUCCAAGCGAAGGCCCGACUUCUGGAGGAGAGAUUGGCAGCUUUCAAACCCGGCGACUCUAUGACCGACGGGGAUGUUUUCGAAGAAUUGGCUGCCGCGCUUCAAAGCGCACAACCCAAGAUCCAGAAGAUGUGCGAGGAGGAGUCUGACGACCAUGAGGCCGUUGCGAAGCUAUUCGAAAUUAACGACAGCAUACACCGGACUGUCGAGCGGUGGAAGCUUCUCAAGAAGGGUGACGUCGAAGGCGCCAACAAGCUUGCGCAAGGGGCGCCGAUGCCAACAUUGGCCCCAACCUCUUCAGCACCUGGAAAGGCAUCAUCGGCGGCAAAUGAGCUUUCCUUGAUCGACUUCGAUGGAGAAUCUGGUACAAAUGGAGCGAGCAAUGCGGCUGGCUCAAGCUCUCAGACUGGUGGAGUUGAGAAUGACCUCCUGGGUCUGUCUUUGGGAGACAGUGGCGGUAACUAUGGCCAGGGUGGUGGCAUCUCCCUCGGAUUCGGUGCAAACUCAAGUCUGUCUACCUCUACCAACACAAUGCCAGAAUAUAUGCCAGGACCUGCGCUCCUUUCUUCCAUGACACAGCAUAGCACUGCUGGGGGAGCUGCCCCAGCGCCUACACCACCACCAGUCUCUCCAAACUUUUCGGGAUUUGUCUCCCAACCUUCAACGUCUCAAAGCAGCACCCCACAAGUUCCUCUGGGCCAGUACUCUGCUUUCUCGCAGCCGGCGCAGAGGAAUAACGAUCUCUUUGCCGCUCUCGCAUCGCCGCAGUUCUCAUCCAAACCGUCCACACCGAAGCCUCCUGCUCCCGCCGCGGCGAACGAAGACGAUGAGUGGUCGUUCUCUUCGGCUUUACCGACGGCGGCCCCUUUGCUCCCCAGGGAGCACAGUGCAACAGUAAAGGAUGGCCCAUUACAGAUUAACAUGAAAGCUGCACGACCGCCGCAAUCAGGCAAUGCCCUGGCAUUGGCUUUUGCCUUUUCCAACAUGACUAUGCAGCCCAUCAGUGAUCUCCACUUUCAGCUGGCGGUGACAAAGGGUUACGAGUUGCAGCUCCAGCCUCAAACAGGGCGCGCUUUGCAGCCCAAUCAAAAACACGGUGUGAUGCAGGCGAUUCAGGUGUGGCACGCAGGGGAUCAGACAAAGAAGGUCGCAAGCAUCAAGCUGCGGUGGCGUGUGAGCUAUACGCUCGGUUCAGAGGUCAAGAGCGAGAUGGGCGAUAUACCAGAAUUCGGUGUCGCGUAA